GUUCAAACAACAUGUAAAAGUGAGUUUUCAUCCAAUGACCCCUUUAAGAGUGAGAAAGUGUGCUUGUUUAUUUGCUGGUGUUUUGAAAGAAUGCGAUUUGAAGCGUAUAUGGUGGUUUUAGUGAAUUUUGAAUGCUAAAUUAACUCCUGUGAAAAAUGUAACGAGAAAUGGGUCCUAGCAGUUGUAUGAAAUGAAAAGCUUGAUGUGUUUUCUCUUGUGACCUGGUUUAUUGUGUACAGUGUACUGCAGGAUUACAGUCAUUGUAUUUUCUAUCUUUAAGGGAGCUGAUCAAAUGUCACAUUUAACAAUCUCACCUUCCCUGGUUAUUUAUCAAGAAAUACUUAUUAGAAAACAAAAUCUAAAGUCUUAGACAAGGCAACAAAAGAAAUCUUUAGAACAAUCUGUUCUUGUAAGACAGGUCUUGUAUAUGGACAACAGUUUCCCAUGUGUGACAGGGGAGGCAGAAAUGGGUGGAGUGCUGAAGGUGAAUGAAGAGAAAUUAGAUCAAAGUUGAUAACACAUGCUGCUGCGAGACGGUCUGGGAGGAGCCCGUCUGCUUAAAAAAGAAAAGGAGAGCACAGAUGAUGUUGUGUAGACACUAACUGUGCUCCUGCAUUUAGUGGUGCUCAAAUAUAGCGGCUUAUUACAGUGUAUGAGAGAGAUUCUCACUAGCACAAUCAUCAGUUCUUAUUUUCUCCUAUUAGACACUCUGUUGAAAAGUCAGAAGAAUGAACAGCAAGGUAUUUGCAGCAUGGGUGGUUCUUGCUACAAGUACACUCAUUUCACUCUCCACUCAGGUUUUUGUGGAUUCAGGCCAGACGUUGGACCAAGCCAUUGUUCAGCCAGUCAACGAUUCAGUUGCUGAUGAUGCUAACCAGAUAUUGGAACAAGCCAUUUUGCCAGGUUCACCAGUCAAGCCAAUCAGAACAGGAUGUAUAACCAAGUGGUUUGACUAUGAUGACCCAAGUGGAAAAGGAGACUAUGAGCUGUUGGCUGACCUUCUCAGGACAUAUCCUGGAGAAAUAUGUCCAAAUCCAAUCAGAAUAGAGGCUCAGACCAUCUCCGGCCAACCAGCAUCUCAAACGGGAAACAUCUUUGAAGUAUAUAAUCCGACAGCUGGAUUUGCUUGUGUUAAUGCAAACCAAGUAAGAAGGAGAUGUCUUGAUUACAAGGUGCGCUUCACCUGUCCUGAGGAAUGGUGCUCAAGAUGUAGGACACGGUGGUUUGACCGAGACGACCCUAGUAGACUAGGAGACAUUGAGACGCUGCUGUUAAUCCUGAUAAAAUACCCACUACAAGUCUGCCCUCAGCCCAUCGCCAUUGAGGUCGCAACCGUUAGUGGGACCACUGUAUUGCCGACCGGAAACAAUUUUUAUAUAUAUGAUGCAGCACAGGGCUUUGCUUGUCUGAAUAAACCACCAAAAGGAUGGUGUCAGGACUACAAAGUCCGUUUCACAUGUCCAAAGAGGUUUUGCCAUCGAAAUUGUUGGUUACUCGGGGCUGAUCGAGUUAAUCCCAGUGGACUCGAAAACAAUGAGACAUUGUCGGAAUCAUACCCACUACAGGUCUGCCCUCAGCUUGUUGCCACCAUUAGUGGGACCCCUGUACCGCAGACUGGAAACAUACAAGUAUCUGAUCCACCAGAGGACAUUGAAUGUGUGACUGAUCAACAGGGUGGAAGGAUCUGUGAGGACUAAAAGGUCCACUACACAUGUUUGUGCAGGAGCCACAACUGCAAACAUGUGUGGCGACAAAUAUUACACUUUUGUGAAACAAAGCUUUCAGUUUAAGCUUACAUAACUGUGUUAGAUUAAAUGAAAAAAAAAUAAAAUAAAAAAUAAAAAAACUACAAUAAACAUUUGCUUGUAUUACCCGUCCUAGCCUCAGUUUAUGUUAUGGUUGUGUUGUAAAAUGCUUGUAAGAACAUUCAUUUCCUUAAAAUAUUGUGACUGUUCAAGAUGCUUGAAAUAUUCAAAGAAAAUUCUAAAUAAUUUAAUUAAUUUCCGACAGCAUUUUCUUUUCCUUUUACUUCUGUUUAAUGCAUAGAAAGCCGUGUUUAUAAGCAGUGGUAAACAAGUAAACUUUGUUGCGGCUGUUCCAUAAGCGCCACCUGCUGUCCAAGAGUGGAUUCACAUUUUCUCUACAUGCAUGUAGCAUGUUUUUGGAAUGUUUUUUAAAAGCAGUGGUUGCCUCUAAUUUCGAAUGGCUACAGAUAUA